AUGCAUGGUAGAUUGGCCACCAGAGUACGACCCUCGGAAACACCGAUACGACCAUGGACGCGGGAGCCCCAGCUGCUGUCCCAGUGCGACGUGGUGGUGGACGUGGGGGGCGAGUACGACCCUCGGAAACACCGAUACGACCAUCACCAGAGGUCCUUUGCCCAGUCCAUGCACUGCCUGAGGCCCGACAAGCCCUGGACCACCAAGCUGAGCAGCGCGGGGCUGGUGUAUCUCCAUUUUGGCUCCCAGAUCCUGGCUGGCCUGUUGGAGCUGCAGGAGGACGACCCGGUGGUGCAGGUGCUGUAUGACAAGGUAGGGAGGCAGGAUGGGGCGGCACCACGCGCCAGGGCGGCAAAGGCCGGUUUGCCUCUGGGGAAAUCGCACUCACUCCUGCGUGAGCUCUUAUCCCUUCCUGAGUCUCGUGUCUCCCUCCCCCGGCAGGUGGACCCCAGCGGUGAGAUCCUGGUGUUCUCCCAGGGCGGCUGCCCCUGGAAGGAGCAUCUCUUCAGCCUGGAGGAGGAGCUGGGGGUGGAGAAACCCAUCAAGUUCGUGCUGUAUGCGGAUCAGGGCGGCCAGUGGCGGGUGCAGUGUGUCCCCACUGGGCCCCACACCUUCCAGAACCGGCUGCCCCUGCCGGAGGAGUGGCGCGGAGUCCGGGACGAGGCGCUUUCCCAGCUCAGCGGCAUCCCCGGCUGCGUUUUCGGCGGACUUGCGCGGAGUCAGCGAGGCGGGAGAGAGGUGCUGGGGGCCCUGCCCCUGGAGGCUGAGACGCUGGAGGCCGUGGUCUGCGCCAGUGCGGCCCGGGAGGAGUACGUGGGCCAGCCCUUGGCCCGCCUGCUCAGCGCCGGCGUUGACUUCUGCGGCGUGCACCAGAGGACCACGGACGUGGCCAUGCUGGUCACCGUGUUCUGCUGGUUUGCGGUGGUCAUCGCCUACGUGGUCUACUACGUGGCGCGGAACCAGGCCGAAACCCGCCGGCACCUGGAGUAUCUCAAGGCCCUGCCCAUCAAGCAGCCGAGUCCAGAGGACGAGGAGGAGGAGGGGGAGGAGAUGGAGGGAGAUACUCUGAGCACCAUCCUCUGA